AUGGCCGGAAAUCUCAGCGGUGUCAAGGCUAGAAUUCAGGCAGAGUUUCCCAAGGCAGUGUAUGUACAUUGUGUAUCCCAUAAGCUUAAUUUGGUCAUUGUAGAAGCUUGUAAAAUACCGGCAGUAAGAAAUGCCAUGGGAGUUAUAACCAAAGUAGCUGACUUUUUUAAAAAUUCACUAAAGCGGCAGGCCUUCCUGGAGAAGAAAAUUUGUGAGCAAGGCCAGGAUCAGGCCCCAAAGAGAACGAAACUUCUAGGGCUUUGUAAAACGCGCUGGAUUCAGAGACACGAUGCUCUAGAGAACUUUGACCAACUAUUUACAACUCUCAUAGUAGUAUUUGAAGACAUCAAGGAUUCUUCUACAGGAUGGAACAGAGAAACCGUCACAGAUGCUACUACCCUUCUCCAUUGUAUAAGUCAGUUCGAGUUCGUGAUGGCUUUCACAACUAUGAUCAAAGUGAUGUCUACUCUAAAUGGUCUUAGUGUCAAGCUACAGUCGUUCUCUAGAGACAUAAGUAAAGUGUAUAAAGAUGUAGACAGGACUUGCCAAGGGCUGCAGCAUUUCAGAGACAACGUGUCGGAACACAGUGACCGAUGGUUCAAAUAUGCGCCUGAAAAAGUUCGUGAAGCUGUAGGGGAGUCGGACUAUGAGCCGUGCUUACCCCGACGUUGUGGUAGACAAAGGAAUCGCGCAAAUGUUUCAGCAGAGACGGCAGAAGAGUACUUUAGAAGGACUACUGCUAUUCGGUUUUUGGAUCACUUCCUUGGUCAAAUGAAGGAACGAUUUUCUGACACACAGAAGAAGUCAGUGCUUGGGCUAAGCCUUGUACCUCUCGCUAUGCGUACAGACCCCUUCUGGAAAAGACACGUUGAAGAGCUUGGAGCGUUUUACCAGACAGAUCUCCCUAGUCCUGCGACUUUUGACGAGGAGCUGGUAUGUUAA